GUUGGGAAAAGGUUGUGCUAUAAACCGGCCGGCAGUCGGUGCCUCGACACCUGACCGACUUUUCACGUCUCUGACUCGGGGGAGGUGAGGAAAGGUGGAGGGGGAGAGGAAAGACCUUGGAAAGAAGACUCCCGGACACCAGGACUAGUCCCCCUGUCCCGGCUACUGAUUCACCGUCCCAGUGCUGCCCUGGGUUACACCGAGCAAGGGGACUUUGACCUUACAAGCGUGUUGCAAAAGACUUUAGGAGCAAUGUCUUUACCCCAGUCGCUGCCGGAAUACAUCGCACACAUCUUCCUGCAUCUUGCACUCUGUGUAACUCUUCAUCAGCCGAUAGCCUCAACGCUGUAUUCAUGCACUGAGUUUGAUGAAUACUGGAUUGCCAAAAGUAAAUGUAACUCCACCCAGAUGGGAGACUUCGACAGCACUGACUUCAACAGCACUGACUUCAACAGCACUGACUUCAACAGCACUGACUUCAACAGCACUGACUUCAACAGCACUCAUGGCUGCCCUACCUGGUGGGAUAACAUGACCUGCUGGCCUGCCAGCUCUGUCGGAGAGGUGGUGAACAGGACCUGCCCCAGCUACCUGCGCUUAAAUCACAAUGGUGUUCUGUACCGAACUUGCACAGAGAAAGGAUGGAGUAAAUUAACACCUGGAUUUAUGGAGGCUUGUAAUUUUACGCAUUCUAAACAGAAUGCUGCCGAUUUCAACCUGAAACCAGUGUAUACAGCCGGAUAUGUAACAUCCCUGAUUGCUCUGGUUAUUGCAAUCAUAAUCUUUACAGUCUUCAGGAAGCUGCAUUGUACCCGGAACUACAUCCACAUGAACCUCUUUAUAUCCUUCAUCCUGCGCUCCAUGUCAGUCAUCAUCAAGGACAUUGUUAUUUUGUCCAGCAAUACCGACUACUGCGCCAUGUCCAAGGUGUGUAAAGGUGUCAUUGUCGUCUUUCACUACUGCAUCCUGGCUAACUUCUGGUGGCUCCUGGUGGAAGGACUCUACCUGCAAACCCUGCUCAGCCUUGCCUUCGUCGUGCACGCCAAGUACUUCUGGUGCUACUGCCUCAUUGGCUGGGGUACACCGACCGUUGUAUUAAUAAUUUGGAUUAUUGCAAAACUGCUCAUGGAGGAUGUAGGAUGUUGGGAUGAUGAUCAAAACGUAUAUAUCUGGUGGAUUAUAAAAGGUGCCGGGUUGCUUUCAGUUUUAGUUAACUUCCUGAUAUUUCUGAAUAUCAUCCGUAUUCUGAUACAGAAGCUGGGAUCACGAGGUGUCGGAGGGAAUUCACACAGCCAAUUCUCGAGAUUGACAAAAUCAACUCUGCUUCUCAUCCCACUCUUGGGUGUCCAUUACAUUGCGUGUGCCUUUCUCCCCGAUAAUGUGGCAAAGGGGAUAAGAUUCUUUAUCGAGCUCGGUUUGGGAUCGUUUCAGGGGUUUGUCGUGGCUCUGCUGUACUGCUUCCUAAACACGGAGGUCAUGUCGGAGUUGAAGAGGCAGGCGCGACUCUUCUGUCCCGAGGCUUUGCAGGAAUUCACGGCGAGACGCAAGCGCAGCACAUUAGCGGAGAGCACCAGCACCCAGGUGACGUUACUGGAGAAGCCGGGCCAGAGGAGAAAUUCCAUCGAGCACGACAGCCGAAGCCAGUCCCCAUGAGGAGGGCCAGACGGUGG